AAGACGAGGAGGAGGAGGAACAGGAGGAGAGGGCGGGCGGCGAGGCUGCCGGACCCUCCUCCGCAGCAGCAGCGGCUGCAGGUGCUGCUGCCGCUGACCCCGGCAGGCCCUCUCGCCCCCGGCGUGAGGGCAAGAGCCGGCUGGUGUACGUCAACGGUGUUCCCGUGCUCAAGGCCAACAUGUACGGUCUGGAGGAUGAGGACACCCUGGCGUGGCAGCGCGGCUUGCGGAAUGGCCAAGCCGACUUGGGCGGUGUGCAGUUCGCCCCUCCUCCGGCCCCCUCGCGACAGCAGCCCCCCAAGGCCCCCAGGGCCCCCGCUGCGCCCCGGGAGCACCCGCCCGAGUACCUGGCCCGACAGGAACACAACAACGCCAUCCGAGCAGAUGCGCAGGCCGGCCAGGUGUCCCGCGCGCGCUACCUGCUGCAGCACCUGGACCGCAUCCGGCCCUUCAUCACGCAGCAGGCGGAGGCCCACAUCCGCAGGCUGGCAGCCGGCCCCGGUCCUGCAGCGCCGCAGCCCCCGGCCCCGCCUGUCACCCAGCAACCCGAGCAAGUGCUGGCGACGCUGCGCGAGUACCAGCUGGAGGGUCUGGCCUGGAUGGUGGCGCAGUGGGAGCGAGGGGUGAACGCUAUCCUGGCGGAUGAGAUGGGGCUGGGGAAGACGCUGCAG